UCAAAAUCGUUUUCGGUGUCGUGGCCGUGUCAACAUUAGAUGGACCAAAAGUCCAAAAGUCUUGUGUUUUAGAAGUUUAGCUCACAAAUUUAUUGAAUUGUCGCUCGCCACAAUGGAAAAUACCGAGUCGGAUAUCUGCGACACGAUGCAGAACGAUGAUUUUUUCCGCAUCUUCCUGGAGGAUCGACAGGAAGCGAAGGCGAAUCUUUCCACGACCAUGACCAUUACCGAGCAGAUAGCGAAGCUGUCGGAGGGCUUGGAGCAAAUUUCAGCCCACUUGCAAACGCAGGUUCGCGGUCAGUACGGUGCGUUGCUGUCCCAGGCGAAUCACGCCGGGCGACUCCACACGGCCAUCAGUUCCAUUUCCGGCCACAUUGAUUCACUGCAGCACAGCGCGGACCGGUUGAAGAAACAAGUCACCGUACCGUACGAGCAGCUGGAAACGCAAACCAAAAUUUUGGGACGAUUGCACGAGGCAUCGCACGUCCUACGGCAGGGCGGACGGUUUCUGCAAAUCUAUACGGCAUUGGACAAGGCGACGGAACUGCCGGAACAGGCACGGAUUGUUUACGAGCUGGAAAGUGUCAUGGAAGACGUUGACCUGAGCCAGAUAGAGUUCUUGAAGGAGGAGAUUUCCGCGAUGACCGCUGUGAAGGCUCGUCUCGUAAAGGUAGCUAAUAGGGAUUUAUUCCAAGCUAUCCAAAACACCAAGGAAGAUGAAACGAAGAAUUGUUUAAAAAUUUUCCUGAAUUUAAAAACGUUAGCUAAGUGCUUGGAAAACAUCUCUGCCACGUAUCAGCGAUACAUUCGAGAUUCCAUAAAAGAAUGCUACUCAGCAUCGGAUGUUGGCAAAUUGCGUAAGCAAGACUCGGCAGCAAGCGGCAACAACAAGGACAAAACCGACAGAGGCUCUUCAAAAGGUCCAGGGAAGGUUCCCGUCUUAGGCAGUUCGACUCAUUUCCGGACCAAACUGUGGCAGGCUUUGGAAUGGCUGUUCUUGGACGAGUUCUACAGUUACUGUCAGCAGAUUGCAUUUCUUCAGCGCUGCUUGUUAGGCUUACCACUGUCGGAGGAUUGCCUAGUUAUGGCCAAGACGAUAAGCGAGGACUUUUGGGAUAAGUUAGAAAAGCAACUGAUCGAGUCGUUUUCAAAUGCUCAGCCCCACGUUCAUCAAGCGCUUCAGCAGGGCCUCCCCAAAAUGCUGUCUGUAGCACGUGCCCUGGAGAAGAAAAUCGACAGCUCGUUCGUGUUUGGGGACAAUACGUUUGUGGCACUGGAGGCAGGCUAUCUGGAAAAAUGUGCAAACAAUUUGAAAUCUGUGUUGGUCGACAUAGAUUUUCCCAACCAGGAGGUCAUCGAUAGCGUUGUGCGAGUGGCUUCUACUGAGCUGAACGCUGCCAUUGUGGAUGAUCGCUUAACGCGUCAGGUUACGGACGUCAUCUGUGUGUCGAAUCAAGACUUGUGGAACAGAAUCGAACGCAAUGUUAAGCUCGGUGGUGAUACACAGCAAGUUUUGGAUAAUCCCAAUGUUUCACAGUCGCAGAACAUAACGCUGGCCAACAUCGUUCACUAUCACCACGAAGCGAUUUGCCGGCUUAUCCAAAAUUUGGGCCCAAAUUUCGUCAGCACCGAAUCGGCGGCCAAGCUAAAAAAGAGCCUCAACGACGGCCGCACGAUAACUCUUGCCAUCAUGCAGCAGCUGAUUGCAUCGAUUCAUUCCGCGGUGAACAUAAUUUUGCUAAGCAUGCAUCGGGAACCGGGUCUCAAUACGGCAUCAAUAUCGACCGCAGGUCCAUCUUUCUACAUGAAGGAACUGCAGGACUUCCUGGUGCGCUCGUGGAACUCCCACAUUCUACCGUUCGCGGAUAAAUCAGUGAUCGAGGAAAGUGGCCAGAAUUUGGCUGCGCGAUGCAUUGAACUGUUCGUGCAAAAUGUUGCAAUUCUGCGGCCAAUCUCGAAUUCCGGCCGGCAAAGACUCAAAGCCGAUUGUCAUCACUUAGAACUGGCACUGAAACCGAUCGUUCCGGAUUUGGCCGUUUUGGGAAAAAGUUUUCGUCUGUUGAGAGCAAUGUCAUCGCUGCUGGCCAUUUCUGCCGAAGAGUUGGUACAGCAUACUUCGGGAUCCGGUGGUGUGGUUCCAUCGCACAUCGUUUUAUUCAUGUUGUUCGGUUACGCUGGACCGGAGCUAGUAAGUCCGCACGUUACUGCCGGCUGGUCCAAUGAGAAACUGAUUCAGUGGUUGGAAUCGCAUUCGUCCGAGCGUGAUAGAUUGGAGUUGAUUACUGGAGCUUUGCAGAAAUACAGAGCCGUGGUACGGCAAAAGAAUAUCUCCCAAUACGACGUGGUGUACCCGCUGAUUGCCAGCUAUUUGGAGGAGUCGUUAAAGGAGAUCGCAUCCAAAUAGCCCCGGGCCCGGAGCAUCCUACACAUUUUAUGUUAAAACCCACAAAUUUAAAAAUGUUUUCAGUAGAACUGCAACUUGAAGCAUAUAACUAUUAUAUACAACCAUUUUAAUUAUGAAUAUAAACUCAACAUGA